CUGCCUAUCUAUUUAAAGCUUCAAACUACUCUUAGUCCUUUAACUUCUCUCCUAUUCUUUCUUUUAGUCUCUGAGUUGGGUUGGUACUUUGGGAACAUGGAGAGCCAGAGCCAGUACAUUGGGAGCAAUAGUGGGAUGGAUGGGGUGGAUCAGAAGGAAGGGAAGGUAGCAAACCAGAGAAAAGCAGGGACUUGUGAGUCAAUUCUGAGGAUUUUGGCCUUCAUGCUAACUCUAACUGCAGCUGUAGUUCUUGGGGUCAGUAAACAAACCGAAAUUGUGUCAGUGAAGAUCCUCCCAACCUUGCCUCCUAUUGAUGUUCCAGCCACUGCUAAGUGGCAUUACUUAUCUGCUUUUGUGUACUUUGUGGUAGCAAAUGCCAUAGCAUGUGCAUAUGCAGCAUUUUCCCUAGUCCUUUUGUUUGCGAAUCGGGGCACCAAGAGCAGCUUAGGGCUGGUGAUCAUCUUCCUUGAUCAGUUAAUGGUGGCAUUGCUCUUCUCCUGCAAUGGAGCCGCCGCGGCAAUUGGUCUGAUGGGGUACCAAGGGAAUUCACAUGUGCAAUGGAACAAGGUCUGCAACGUGUUCGGGCGAUUUUGUAACCAUGCGGCAGCUGCAAUAGUCCUGUCCCUGCUUGCAUCUCUAGUAUUUAUGUACCUAGUUGGGCUUGCUGCCUUAGGCCUCCACAGGCGGUCUAAGUAGAAUAAUGGCAUGCACUGCACCCUCUAAUUUGCAAUACCUAUAACAGAGGUAGAGCCCAAUUUUUAUUCUCCAUGUCAAGUACUAGCUAGUUUGGUGUGUGCAUAAUAAAUAAAUUUGAUUUCUUUCACCAA